AUGCAGUUUCAAGCUUGGAAAGCCUGCGAAACUUCAGUGAACACGUUACAUUUCGACUUCGAAACUAGGAGAGAUGGGGCGUUGAUCAUCUACUCACAGUCGAACUCGGCGAAUAGUUUCGAGUUUUUAGAGGUUAAAAUCGUGAGAGGACAAUUAAAAAUACGGUAUAAAGUGCAAUCUGGCAAUCAUGAAACUUUACAGGUAUGCGGAGAUAGUUUAGACGAUGGAAGUUGGCAUAAUUUAAAUGUAACGUACCUUAAAAGUAAUUUUACCUUCUUCGUUGAUGGCUACAAGUGCUCGAGUAAAUACAAUCUUCCAGUUAGAAAGAAUUUAUUAAGCCCUGAAUCGAUUGAGUACCGUAAGGCCGGUACUGAAGAUGAUGAUGGAUAUCUUUUUAUCGGCGGUAUACCGAAGAAUCGAUUCGAUAAACCGUUAAAGUUAUCGUCGGUCAAAUACCAAACGACAUUUCAAGGUACAAUUCGACGCGCCAUGAAAUCGGACUGCGGGGGAGUGGCCGACGACCUGACCUUGUUGGGAGGUCACGGGGUCAAGAGUGAAGUCGAAGAUGUCUGCGCCGUCAACAACGUCUGCAAGAACGGAGGCAGAUGCAUCAGUAGCGAUGGGGGACCCGUCUGCGAGUGCCACUUCACUAACUACGAUGGGGUCAACUGCGAACGAGAUGCGAUUAAGACCGCCAACAGACCGGUCAUAAUCGUAUUUGCAUUUGUGUCGGUACUUGUCGGUCUUCACGAAUAUUCACUAGAGAGUCACGGAGAUGUGCUGAUGAUGAUGGCCAGUGAUCACGUGGUUUUGGCUGCCAAAUCAGGAACGGUCAUAUUGUCCGGCAGAGAAGUGCCACAACUCACCAACAUCAACGACUACAUAUCUAACAGAGGACAGAUCGUCAGCUUUACAAGUCCAUCUCAAAAACGGUUACCUGAGAAGCCAGAGAGGUUGAAUAUUUGCCUUAUAUUUAAAGUGAAGUAUAAGAUUAAGAAGUAUAAGCCAGUAAAGUGA